GGAGAGUCGAUGAACGAGGGGGUAAGCGGAGGGACGAUGAGGAGACAUGCUGCAAAUGGGAGUUCCACGCCUCCACAUCCUUCCUGUGACUAUAACUACAAACAAUCCUCCAAGUGCAGCUGGCCAAUGUUCUCUAAAGCUUCAACGUGGCUUCCUGAUUCUUAUACACAAAGCCUGAAUGAUGAAGGCAAGACUUUCUACCUCACUAUUUACUGUGAUGCCACUUGUACACAACUGUGGACUUGGACCCCAAGAUCCCUCUGCACAUCAACACUGGUAAGUACCCUGCCAUCAACUGUGUCCUGUCCUUUGAACUCCCAAACUGCAACACCCCACUCUUGCCGAAUUAAACUCCAUCUGCCAUAUCUCCAAAUAAUCAAUGUCCCAUUAUACCCUUUGGCUCUCUUCUAACCCACCCACAAAACCACCAAUUUUAGUACCUUCUGCAAUCUCCACACAGGUACACAAGAUCUCACACACACAAUAUCUGUCCAUAAGACAUAGGUGCAGAAUUAGGUCAUUCAACCCAACGAAUUAUCAAAGGUUACGGGGAGAAGGCUGGGAACUGGCAUUGAGGAGGAGAUUUUUAAAAAAGGAUCAGUCAGGAUUGAAUGGCGGAGCAGACAGAUGGCCUAGUUCUGAUCCUGUGUCUCAUGGAAUCUGCUCUGCCAUUCCACCAUGCCUAUUGAUCUGUCUUCUUACCAUAACCUUUGAUGCCCUUACCAAUCAAGAACCUUUCGAAAGGGUGCAGAGGAGAUUUAAAAGGAUGUAGCCUGGAAUGGGAGUAUGCCUUAUGAGAAUACAAAGAAACAGACAAUCCACAAAGUCGGCCCACAAAGCUGUGCCGAACAUGUCCCAACCUUAGAACUUCCUAGGCUUUACCUAUAGCCCUCUAUUUUCCUAAGGUCCAUGUAGCCAUCCAGGAGACUCUUAAAAGACCCUGCCAGCAGCCCAUUCCACGCACUCACCACUCUCUGCGUAAAAAACUUACCCCUGACUUCUCCUCUGUAUCUACUCCCAAGCACCUUAAAACUGUGCCCUCUCGUGCUAGCCAUUUCAGCCCUGGGGAAAAGCCUCUAACUAUCCACACAAUCAAUGCCUCUCAUUAUCUUGUACACCUUUAUCAGGUCACCUCUCAUCCUCCGUCACUCCCAGGAGAAAAGGCCGAGUUCACUCAACCUAUUCUGGAUCAUUGUGACCUGUACGAAAAGGACAGUUUGCACUUGAGUCCCGGGGGACCAAUAUUCUGGUGGGAAGGUUUGCUGAGGCUGUUGGGGAGAGUUUAAACUAGAAUCGCUGGGGGGGGAAACUGAACUGAAGUGAUGAAGGAAAGGGAACUUGGCUCACAAAUAGAGGAAGUUUGGAGAUAGUGCUAAAGGGAGGAUAGCAAGUGAUAGAGAAGGAACUCGCUCAGUCCGAUGUUUUGAGAUGUGUCUAUUUUAAUACGAGGAGUAUCAUGAAUAAAAUGGAUAAGCUUAGAGCGUGGAUCAGCAUUUGGAGCUAUGAUGUUGUGGCCAUUACUGAGACUUGGAUGGUGCAGGGGCAGGAAUAGCUAAUCCAAGUGCCAGGAUUUAGAUGUUUCAGAAAGGAUAGGGAGGGAGGCAAAAGAGGUGGGGGCAUGGCACUGCUGAUCAGAGGUAGUGUCACGGCUACAGAAAAGGAGGAAGUCAUGGAUGGGUUGUCUACAGAGUCUCUGUGGGUGGAAGUUAGGAAUAGGAAGGGGUCAAUCAAUAACUCUACUGGGUGUUUUUUUAUAGACCACUCAAUAGUGACAGGGACAUCGAGGAGCAGAUGGGGAGACAGAUUCUGAAAAGGAGUAAUAAUAACAGGGUUGUUGUAGUGGGAGAUUUUAAUUUCCCAAAUAUUUAUUUGCAUCUCCCUAGAGUGAGGGGUUUAGAUGGUAUGGAGUUUGUUAGGUAUGUUCAGGAAGGUUUCUUGUCACAAUAUGUAGAUAAGCCUACAAGCUGUACUUGAUCUGGUAUUGGGAAAUGAACCUGGUCAGUGGGAGAGCAUUUUGGAGCAAUUCUAUCUCCUUUACCAUAGCAUUGGAGGGAUAGGAACAGACAAGUUAAGGAAACAGUUAAUUGGAAUAAGGGGAAAUAUGAGGCCAUCAGGCAGGAACUUGGAAGCAUAAAUUAGAAACAGAUGUUCUCAGGGGAACGUAUGGAAGAAAUGUAGCAAAAGUUCAGGGAAUAUUUGCGUGGAGUUCUGAGUAGGUAUGUUCCAAUGAGACGGAAAGGAUUGUAGUGUACAUGGUCCAUGGUGUACAAAGGCCAAAUCUAGUCAAGGAGAAAAGAAGAUACCUUAUGAAAGAUUCAUAAAACUAGGGAAUUAUAUGAAUCCAGAAGAUUAUAAGGCUAGCAGGAAGGAGCUUCAGAAUGAAAUUAGGAGAGCCAGAAGGGGCCAUGAGAAGGCCUUGGUGGACAGGAUUAAGGAAAACCCCAAGGCAUUCUACAAAUAUGUGAAGAGCAAGAGGAUAAGACGUGAGAGAAUAGGACCAAUCAAGUGUGACAAUGGAAAAGUGUGUAUGGAUCUGCAGGAAAUAGCAGAAGUACUUAAUGAGUACUUUGCUUCAGUAUUCACUACAGAAAAGGAUCUUGGUGAUUGUAGGGAUGACAUGCAGUGGCCUGAAAAGCUUGAGAAUGUAGAUAUUAAGAAAAAGGAUGUGCUGGAGCUUUUGGAGAGCAUCAAGUUGGAUAAGUCACUGGGACCGGAUGAGAUGUACCCCAGGCUACUGUGGGAAGUGAGGGAAGAGAUUGCUGAGACUCUGGCAAUGAUCUUUGCAUCAUCAAUGAGGACAGGAGAGGCUCUGGAGGAUUGGAGGGUUACGGAUGUUGUUCUCUUAUUCAAGAAAGGGAGUAGAGAUAGCCCAGAAAAUUAUAGACCAGUGAGUCUUACCUUAGUGGUUGGUAAGUUGAUGGAGAAGAUCCUGAGAGGCAGGAUUUAUGAAUAUUUGGAGAGGCACAAUAUGAUUAGGAAUAGUCACCAUAGCUUGGUCAAAGGCAAUUUUUUGAGAACAUGACUAAGCACAUUGAUGAAGGUAGAGCUGUAGAUGUAGUGUAUAUGUAUUUUAGCAAAUCAUUUGAUAAGGUACCCCAUGCAUGGCUUAUUGAGAAAGUAAGGAGGCAUGGGAUCCAAAGGGACAUUGCUUUAUGGAUCCAGAACUGGCUUGCCCACAGAAGGCAAAGAGUGGUUGUAGAUGGGGCAUUUUCUGCAUGGAGGCCGGUGACCAAUGGUGUGCCUCAGGGAUCUGUUCUGGGACCCCCUUCUCUUCCUGAUUUUUAUAAAUGACCUGGAUGAGUAAGUGGAGGGAUGGGUUAGUAAAUUUGAUGACACAAAGGUUGGGGGUAUUGUGGAUAGUGUAGAGGCCAGUUAGAGGUUACAAAGAGACAUUGAUAGGAUGCAAAACUGGGCUGAGAAGUGGCAGAUGGAAUUCAACCAAAAUAAGUGUCAGGUGGUUCAUUUUGGUAGGUCAAAUAUGAUGACAUAUAGCAUUAAUGGUAAGACUCUUGGCAAUGUGGAGGAUCAAAGGGAUCUUGGGGCCCGAGUCCAUAGGACACUCAAAGCUGCUACGCAGGUUGACUCUGUGGUUAAGAAGGCAUACGAUACAUUGGCCUUCAUCAAUCGUGGGAUUGAGUUUAGGAGCUGAGAGGUAAUGUUACUGCUAUUUAGGAACCUGGUCAGACCCCACUUGGAGUACUGUGCUCAAUUCUGGUCAUCUCGCUAUAGGAAGGACGUGGAAACCAUAGAAAGGGUGCAGAGGAGAUUUACAAGGAUGUUGCCUGGAUUUGGGAGCAUGCCUCAUGAGAAUAGGUUGAGUAAACUCGGCCUUUUCUCCUUGGAGCGACAGAGGAUGAGAGGUGACCUGAUAGAGGUGUACAAGAUAAUGAAAGGCAUUGAUCAUUAGAAUCCCCCACUAUCGGAAACACAUGCACUCUAUUUAAGCCUUUCAAUAUUUGUUAGGUUUUACUGAGAUCCCACCCCAAUUUUUCUAAACUCCAGUGAGGACAGGCCCAGAGCCAUCAUUGCUCCUCAUACAUCAACACUUUCAUUCCUGGGAUCAUUUUCAUGAAAAACAUUCGGACCCAACACAGCACAUCCUUUCUUAGACAGCAGGCCAAAAAAUGAUCACAAUAUUUCAAGUACAGUCUCACACUCACAAUCUCUCAGAAUCAGGUUGAAUAUCACUGGCACAUGUUGUGAAAUUGGUUGUCUUUGUGGCAGCAGCACGUUGCAAUACAUAAUAGAGAGAAAACAGACAAUUACGAUAAAGGUGUAUGUAUAAUAGGUACAAAAGUACAAAUAAAAAAUUAGUGAAGUCAUGUUCAUGGGUUCAAUGUCCAUUCAGAAUUUGCAUGACAGAGGGUAAAAAGCUGUUCCUGAAUCGUUCAGUGUGUUCCUUCAAGCUUCUGUACAUCCUUCCUGACAGUAGCAAUGAGAAAAGUAUGAGCCGGGUGAUGGAGGUCCUUAAUGAUGGACGUCACCUGUCUCAGUCAUUGUUUCUUGAAGGUGUCCUGGAUACUUCAGAGCUCAUGAUGAAGCUGACUAACUUUACAACUAUCUGCAAGUUAUUUCAAUGCAGUAGCACCCCACCCCCAUACCUGAUAAUGAUGCAGCCAGUUAGAAUACUCUCCAUGGUAUACCAGUAGAAAUUUGCGAGUGUCUUUGGUGACACACCAAAUCUUCUCAAAGUCCUAAUGAAAUAGAGCCGCUGUUGAGCCUUCAUUGCAGCUGCAUCAAUAUGUUGGAUCCAGGUUAGAUCCUCAGAGAUACUGACACUAUGGAACUUGAAACUGCUCACUCUUUCCAGUUUUGACCUCUUGAUGAGUGUAUACACUAGUGUGUAUUCCCUUGUUUUACCCUUUCUGAAGUCCCCGUUCAGUUCUUUGCUCUUACUGACGGUGAGUGCCAGUGGCACCACUCAACUAGCUGAUAUGUCUUGCUCCUCUACACCCUCUCAUCACCAUCUGAAAUUCUGCCAACAAUAGUUGUAUCAUCAGCAAACUUACAGAUGAUAUUUGAGCUGUGCCUAGCCACACAGUCAUGGGUGUAGAGAGGGUAGGGCAGUGGGCUAAGCCCACACCCCUGAGAUGCGCCAGUGUUGUAUGUCAGCGAGGAGGAGUGGUUAUUUCCAAACGGCACAGACCACAGUCUUCUGGUUAAGAAGUCAAGGAUACAAUUGCAGAGGGAGGUAUAGAAGCCCAGGCUCUGGAGCUUUUCAAUAAGAACUGUAGGAGUAAUUGUGUUAAACAUCAAUAAACAGCAUCCUGACGUAGAUAUCCAGGUGAUUCAUAGCCACGUGGAGCCAAUGAGAUUGCAUCCUCCGAGAACCUAUUGGUGCUAUAGGCAAAUUGCAGGUGCCAGGGUCCUUGCUGAGACAGGAGUUAGCCCAAACCAUAACCGAGCCCUCAAAGCAUUUCAUCAUCACAGAUCUGAAGGCUACUGUGCAAUGGUCAUUUAGGCCGCUCACCCUGCUAUUCCUGGGCACUGGUGUAAUUGUUGUCCUUUUGAAGUUCUGACUAUGGCAAUGAGAGAUUGAAAAUCUCUUUGAACACUCUUGCCAGCUGGUUGGACCAUCGGGCGUGUUGGCCUUCACCCUCUUGAAAGAUCGCUUGAUGUCACAAGGUCACCAGGUCUUGCAUGGAUCCUCAUGGCUGUAGUUUUACCCUCCCUUCCAACAGGUACGUCAAAGGCAUUGAGCUCAUUUGGUAGUGACGCAUUACUGCCAGUCAUGAUGUCCAGUUUUAUAGGAAGUAAUGGCCUGUGAGCCCUGCCGAUUGAUUCUGCCUCCAACCUCAUUCUGAGCUGUUCCUUUGCUUUUCCACAAGUCAUACCUGGUUCUCUUGUGCAGACCUAGGUCACUUGAAUGCCACAAGUCUAGCCCUCAGCAGACGUCAAACCUCCUGGUCCAUCUACACUUUUGAUUUGGGUAUGUAGAAUAUGUUCCUGUACGCACACAACCUCUCUCCCACACACACACACAAUCUCUCUCCCACACACCCACAACCUCUCUCCCACACACACACACAAUCUCUCUCUCCCACACACACACACAACCUCUCUCCCACACACACACAAUUUUUCUCCCACACACACACACAAUCUCUCUCUCCCACACACACACACAAUCUCUCUCUCCCACACACACACACAAUCUCUCUCCCACACACACACAAGCUCUCUCCCACACACACACAAUCUCUCUCCCACACACACACAAGCUCUCUCCCACACACACACAACCUCUCUCUCCCACACACACAAUCUCUCUCCCACACACACCCUCUCUCCCACGCACACACAAUCUCUCUCCCACGCACACACAACCUCUCUCCCACGCACAUACAACCUCUCUCUCCCACGCACACAAUCUCUCUCCCACGCACACACAACCUCUCUCCCACGCACACACAACCUCUCUCCCACGCACAUACAACCUCUCUCUCCCACACACACAAUCUCUCUCCCACGCACACACAAUCUCUCUCCCACACACACACAAGCUCUCUCCCACACACACAAUCUCUCUCCCACGCACACACAAUCUCUCUCCCACGCACACACAAUCUCUCUCCCACACACACACAAGCUCUCUCCCACACACACACAACCUCUCUUACACACACACACACAAUCUCUCUCUCCCACACACACACACAAUCUCUCUCUCCCACGCACACACAAUCUCUCUCCCACACACACACAAGCUCUCUCCCACACACACACAACCUCUCUUACACACACACAUACAACCUCUCUCUCCCACACACACAAUCUCUCUCCCACGCACACACAAUCUCUCUCCCACACACACACAAGCUCUCUCCCACGCACACACAACCUCUCUCCCACACACACAAGCUCUCUCCCACACACACAAUCUCUUUUUCACAUGCAUCCACUAUCUCUCCAUAACUCACAAUCUUUCUCACACACACCACUCUCUGCCACACUCUUAUUCACACUCACACAACACAUAUUCUUUCUCCACACUCUCAUAUACACACUCGCUUGUGUGCACAUCAUCUUUGUCAGAUGCAUACCAUUCCUCACAAGCACACCACAGGUUUUGUGGUAAAUCUUUCUAACCACUCAUUGUUUAAGCUGAAUUCUGCCUGACUCACACUUCCAUGCACAUGUUCCUGCUUGCAGACUCACAACAAUAACCCCUCUCUGCCUGCUGUCUACACUUGCCACUGCUGUGCCUAUUUUGCAAACUCACUUUAGGAGAACUUUGCACAUUCACUCUAUGACUGGUUUGCAGUGUAGUACCACCUUUGCCUUGUACACUCACUGGGCAGGCUUUGCACUAUCACACUCACUUUACACAGUCACCCACCACCUUGGCAGCGUUGCCAUCUGGUUCUGCUCUGAGCUGACUGCCUGCACUUGUUGCAGUGACUCUGCCUGUGCAGUUGCACACACACAUCUCAUUUACCUUGCACACUUGGCCUCAUUAUGCAUGCACUGCGCACCCCACCAUACACAGAAACACCCCUUACAACCCUCCCAUAUUUGCACGUCCAGCUUUUGCAUACACACUCACUCUUAUAUAACACACCCGUGGCUGUACACUAUACCCUUGUUCACUAGUUUACACCUUGCAUUCUCACCAUUGCAAACUCAGUAAUCUCACACACUCAACCUCACCGGUUACGCUAACAUGGCCUUUCACACUUUGCCCAUAUAACAUAUACGUUGGACUCCACAAGUGUGCACUUUGCACACUCAUCCAAGACGUAUGCCUUCACGCGGAUACCUCACACACUCAGAACCAAUUACACAUCAGCCGUGUCUCCACAAGCCUUCGCAAACUACUGUUGAACACUCUCCCUGUCUCUGAAAGCGUUCGCACAAACACACACUUGGAAUUUUCACCCCCACCUUUCACGGCCGUCGAUUCCAUCACUUACUUGCACACCAGCAGCCUCUUGCUGAAAGCCUUCACACAGUUUGCACAUGCGCCCUAAAUUUACAUACUAGCCCUCUCUCUGCAAGUUACACACACACCAACUACAUAGGCAUCCCACACCUUGCACACCAGCCCCUCUUGCUGCAAAGCUUCUAACACACUUUCCAGGCACGCCACACCCUCCGGGGUGCGUCCUUUCCCGGGCU